AUGGGCAGUGCCGCAUCAAAACGUCGAACUGGACGAAAUCAAAAUUGGCUUCUUCAAACAUUAGAAAAUCAUGAAAGUGGAAUUAAUUGUAUGGCAUUAAGUAGUGAUGGUAGUGUUCUUGCCACAGGAUCGGAUGAUAAUACUAUACGUUUGUGGAGUGCAAAAACAGAAUCUGUCGAAUAUUUGAAUGUACUUGCUGGUCAUGCAGAUUAUAUAACACAAAUUAUUAUCUAUGAAAAUUAUUUAAUUAGCGCAAGCGCAGAUCAAACAAUUAGAAAAUGGGAUAUGCUCAAUGGACAAUGUAUGUUUAUUUGUACUGGUCAUACAUCACUAGUCAAUCGAAUUGCUCAUACUGGAAAUUUUCUCUUUUCAUCAUCAUAUGAUCGAACAGCACGUUGUUGGGAUUUUCUUACAGGUAAUUGUAUACGUAUAUUUCGCGGUCAUCAUCAUGGUAUUUUACCAUUAUUAUUCAUUCCUGCAAAUCAUGAUGCUGAAGAAGAAAAUACUUUUGAAGAAGAAAUGCAUAUUUAUACAAAAGAUAUUCUUAUAACUGGUUCACAAGAUACAACAGCUAAAACAUGGUCAUUUAAAACUGGUGAAUGUUUGAAAACAUUUGAAGGUCAUAUUGGAGCUGUACUUUGUAUGGCAACAGAUGUCCACGGAAAAAUUCUAUUUACUGGUUCAGGUGAUAAUACAAUUCGUGUAUGGGAUAUAUAUCGUGGAAAUGAAUUACGUAUCUAUGAUCAACAUACAGCAGCAAUUAUUAAUAUUCUUGUUGCAAAUAAAUUACUCUAUUCAAUUAGUGCUGAUCAUACUGUACGUUGUUGGAUUAUUGAUGUGGGUGAUUGUAUACGAAUAUAUAAAGGACAUCAUCAUUCGGUUUCUUGUAUUCAACUUGAAAAUGAUCUUGUUUUUACUGGUUGUGGUGAUGCUAUAGUACGAUGUUUUGAAGCUCGUUCAGGUGUAAUUAAACGUAAUUUUAAAUCACAUGCACUUGCUAUUAAUUGUAUUCAGAUCGUCGAUGAUCGAUUAUUUAGUGGUUCAGUUGAUGGUUCAUUAAAAGUAUGGGAUAUAAGUGACCUGAAAACACCACCUUAUCAAGAUCCUAAAUCAAAAAUAUUAAACAAUGAUCGAAAUAAAAUAGAAAAUCGACCAGAUAUCGAUGAUCGUGAAUGUCAAGAGCGACGAGCACAAAAUAUGGUGUAG